AUGGACUGCUGCUGGGCUUUUAUUACUAAUAUCUUGAUGAGUGUCAGGUCUAGGACGCCUUACGUCACACAUGCCAACAUCUGCGAGCUAUUAAUAGGAGCAUUUGAGCCAGAAAAAAACCACGCACACCUUGUCCUUCUUUCGAAAAGCAUUAUUCAGGGAGAGAGGGUUUUGGCUGGGGAAAGAAGGCCACAUCUAGACGCCGCUGGCUUUAGCUGCGGACUUGGUUCCUGGAGCGGGGACCCGGCGCGGGUCUCGCCUUUGGCCGUACGAACUAACUCGUGCGGUCUUUUACCCUCGGCGCCCUUUGCUUCUGCAGAGUGGCCCAGACAAAUAGCGUCCUCCACAGGACUCUGUCGGUUUGGAGGUAGAAUCGACUGUUGCUGGGGCUGGGCCCGUUUAUCUUGGGGGCAAUGCCAACCUUUCUACGUCUUAAGGCAGAGAAUAGCCAGCCUAAGGUGCCAGCCCAAAGCUAUAUGCCAGCCAGGAUGCAAACAUGGUGAAUGCAUUGGACCAAACAAGUGUAAGUGCCACCCAGGAUACACUGGAAAAACCUGCAACCAAGAUCUAAAUGAGUGUGGACUAAAGCCCCGGCCAUGCAAACACCGAUGCAUGAAUACCUAUGGCAGCUACAAGUGCUACUGUCUGAAUGGCUACAUGCUCAUGCCAGAUGGAACGUGCUCUAGUGCCCUUACUUGUUCAAUGGCAAACUGUCAGUAUGGCUGUGAUGUACUGAAAGGGGAAGUACGCUGCCGCUGUCCUUCUCCAGGAUUGCAGCUAGGGCCCGAUGGGAGGACCUGCAUAGACAUUGAUGAAUGUGCUACUGGGAGAGUUAUCUGUCCCCGAUUUAGGCACUGCAUCAAUACUUUCGGAAGCUACAUUUGCAGAUGUCAUAAAGGCUUUGACCUUAUGUAUAGUGGAGGCAAAUACCAAUGCCAUGAUAUAGAUGAAUGUUCCCUUGGCCAGCAUCAGUGUGGUACUUUUUCGCGUUGUUACAAUACCCAAGGAUCCUACAAAUGCAAAUGUAAAGAAGGGUACAGAGACAAUGGAACAAACUGCAUACUUAUUCCUAAUGUUAUGAUUGAACCACCUGGUCCCUAUCAUAUAUUCAAGGGCAACAGCACACUUCCUAAGGGAGGCAGUGGUAUAACCAUUAGGAUUCUUGAUGUUGGAGGCACAAGGCAACCCCUCAGACCACCAUAUGUACCUGCUAUUGUUACAGAAAGGCCGGUGGCCAGGCCAACAACUCGACCUACACCCAGGCCAACAACUCGACCUACACCCAGGCCAACAACUCGACCUACACCCAGGCCAACCACCAGGUAUGUGCCCAUAACAACAAGACCAGUAACAAAGCCAGUGACGAGGCCUCCACGUCCAACACAACCUCAGCUUACAACGUUAAGGCCUACGCUACCACCACAAAGAACUCCUGUGAUGACAACCGGAGAUCCUUCCCAUGUUCCUGUUGAAACUACAUCUUCGCAGGAAACUACAGUUGACAACAGGAUCCAGGUAGAUCCUCAGAAACCCCGAGGAGAUGUGUUCAUUCCACGCCAGCCUGGAGUGAGCAAUAACCUGUUUGAAAUACUUGAAAUUGAAAGAGGGAUUACUGCUGAUGAGUUUGAAGCCAAUGAUGACCCAGGUGUGCUGGUACACAGCUGUAAUUUUGACAGUGGACUAUGUGGCUGGAUCCAGGACAAAAAUGAUGAUUUGCACUGGGAAACAGUUCGAGAUCCAUCAGGGGGACAGUAUCUUACAGUCUCUGAACCUGAAGACAAAGAUGGAAGAGUAGCACAUCUCAUCCUGCCAUUGGGUCACCUGCCUCAGGCUGGAGACUUGUGCCUGUCAUUUAGGCACAAGGUGCCUGCACUGCAUUCUGGUGCCCUCCACGUCUUUGUGAGGAAAAAUGGUGCUCUCGGACCAGCUGUUUGGGGAAGAAAGGGUGGCCAUGGCUGGAGACAGACGCACAUAACUUUGCGAGGCUUGGGCAUCAAGAGUAUUGUUUUCAAGGGGGAGAAAGGGAAAGGAAGAAUGGGGGAUAUUGGACUAGAUGAUGUCAUCUUGAGGAGAGGACGCUGCUCUGAAGAACAUUAGCAAAGACAGUGGACUAGCACAAGUCAUCUCCUCUAGCCCGUCUCAUCCUCUCCCUACCAAGCUUCAAAACAAAACUGCAUGAAAAAGAAGAAACGUUUGAAGAGUCGCAACUUCUUGAUGGUGUGCUAAGUGCAAUCUUAGUGAAUCUGCAUUGAAAAUAAUAAAGAGCACCUACCAGGAUUCAGGAACUCCAAACCAAAGCUGGGUGUUCCCAUUAGUCUUUGCCCCAGCUGUAUUUUGUAUGUAAUAGCAUUAUCCCUGUAAAGCCCGAUGAGUGCUCGUACCAAGAAGCACUUGUGAAAAAGGGAGAAUUAAUGCCAAAUGUUGUCAAAAGACAGCCCCAGCUUAUAAAUACUAACAGCAUUCAUUAUUUUCUGUACUGCACUAAACCAGUAGUUUUAUUGAUUAUACUGAUAGACAGUGGGAUUGACCUAGCUUCAGAGCUAGCUCAGGCUAGCUGAGGCCUGGGCCUGAACUUUGGCUGUCUUACUGCCACUGAUCUUUAAAGAAGGGUUUGCUGCAUAUCAGAUAGCAUUUAUUUUGGCAUUGUAUCUGUAGUAACAAAAAGCAGUUAUAUAGAGUAGGUACUGCGUCCUGUAAUAUUGCUACUGCUGUGUUUUGUGUAUAUGUGUAUGGUUAUUAACGUAUUUAUGUUUUUAAUAUUUACAGACUUUAGUUGCAAGGUAAAUGUCAGCUGCGCUUUCUUAUUGUACAAGACAGGAGCUUAUCACACUCUCCGAUUCUGCUGGUCGUGCCAAUAGAUACGUUACCAAAAUCAGUUAAUGGUGCUCAUUGAAAAAACAUUUCCUGACAGUUCCCUUUUGCACAAAAUGCUGCUGCAAUUUGUCAUGGUACAGUACGCUGAAGGCAAAAAAAAAAAAAAAAAAA